CUCUUGGGUCGUCCUCACGCUUCAAAGUGGCAGACAGAGCUCUCUGGUGUGUGUGUGGGAGGGGGGGUUUCUCCUGAAGCUGCUCUUUGACCUCAGGCUGGUGAGGAACGAGGAAGGCAUGAGGAAGAAUCACAGCGCUGCACCGCUCAUCUUUGUGACAGAGAGGGAUUACCGCGGCGGGCUGGCUGGGUGGAACGAGUCGCUCUCCCGUCGGUCGGACCGGUUCUCUAAUAACGGAGCGGCGGAAAGCGGAGGAGCCGCCGUGAUGGCACCAGUUACACCGACGAUGUCAACGGUCAACUUUCCUCUCCGGGACAACGAAACGGGGGAUCCGGUUUGAGUCCAGAGAUUAUGUCCGGAGCUGCUGCGGAGAAAAGUUUAACAGAAGCAGGGACACACCAGCUGCAGAAAUAAAAUGGCGGAGCGCAGCGCUUGCGAUGUCAACAUCCUCACCAUCCCGGUGCCCAUGCGUCGCGGCGGCUCAGAGUCCAACCUGGACGUGGUGGACAGCGUCGGGGACGAUGGGGUCGGCCUGGAUUUCAGCAAGGGAGCGCUGGGUAUCGACAGCCUGCAGCAGAAGAUCCUCAAGGUGACAGAGAAGAUUAAGGUGGAGCAGACGGCCCGGGACCAGAAUGUGGCCGAGUACCUGAAGCUGGUGAACAACGCCGACAAGCAGCAGGUGUCUCGGAUACGUCAGGUGUUUGAGAAGAAGAACCAGAAGUCGGCGCACACCAUCGCCGGGCUGCAGAGGAAGCUGGAGCAGUACCACCGCCGCAUGAAGGACAGCGAGACCAACGGGAAGCACAGCCACAAAGACGGCAGCAGCAGGGAGUCCGGGACGCACAGCAAGGAGGGCAGCCUGAAGGACGUGAGCGCCACGGGGAGACACCCGGCCCUGGACAAAGUGAAGACCAUCGGACCCGGCGUCUCGCUCUCCCCGCCGUUCUUCUUCAACAAGUCGCGGGAGUUCGCCAACCUCAUCCGGAACAAGUUUGGCAGCGCCGACAACAUCGCCCACCUGAAGAGCUCCAUGGAGGCGGGGUCGGGGCUGCAGGCGGAGGGCGGGGGGAGGGGUCUGAGUGGGAGCGCCACGACCGUCGCCAAGGCGACCAAGUACCAGAGCGACGACGAGUGCUCCACGGGGACGUCGGCUUCCGCGGACUCUAACGGGAACCUGGCCGGCGGCUCGGGGGCGGGGUCCGGAGGGCCGGGGAGGUCGGAGUCCAACGGGAGGAUGGGCGAGGUGCUGGACAUGGUGCGGGACAUCAGGGAGGCUCAGGCUCAGCUGGCGGAGGACAUGGAGAGUUUGAGCACUCAGUUCAAACGGGACUACAGCUACUUCACCCAGGUGAUCCAGGAGGAGAGAUACAGGUAUGAGCGGCUGGAGGAUCAGUUAAAUGACCUGACAGAGCUGCACCAGCAUGAGACCAGUAACCUGAAGCAGGAGCUGGCCAGUAUCGAGGAAAAAGUGGCCUACCAGGCCUACGAGAGGGCCCGGGACAUCCAGGAGGUCCUGGAGUCGUGUCAGACUCGUGUGUCUAAGCUGGAGCUCCAGCAGCAGCAGCAGCAGACGGUCCAGGUGGAAAACACCGACGCCAAGGUGCUGCUGGGGAAAUGCAUCAACAUCAUGCUGGCCAUCGUCACGGUGAUCCUCGUGUGCGUCUCCACGGCGGCCAAGUUCACCGCCCCGCUGCUGCGCAGCCGCCUCCACCUGGCGCUCACCUGCGUGGGCGUGUCCGUGCUGGCGCUGCUGUGGAAGAACUGGGAACACUUACAGUGCGCUCUGGAACGACUCGUCCUUCCGCACUGAUCCAGGAGGCGCCGACGAGACCUUUAGGUGAUCCAGGUGGUCCGCGAGGUUUGUCGUCAUGGCGACACAAAAACUGGGGAGUUUACAUGUAGCCUUACACCAGCCCCCUGCCCCCCCCCCCCCCCCCCCCCCCCCGAUGAUUUUAGGCCCCCAUGGUGACUGAUUUACGGCUCUGCAUGUCUAAAAGGAGUUCACACAAAUCCACAAAGCCUUUUUCCCAGAACGCACCGCCGCAGUGACUCCAACACACACGUCAGCUGAUAUCACAACUGAACAAACCUCUACAACAUGCUGUCUGCUAAACAGUCAAGUAUAAAUAUCUAUGUUUAUGGCAUAACGCAGCCAUAGAAGAGUAUCACUACAGUCCAAAGUAUCGGAGCGAGAGAUCACACGGCUGCAUUAUUAUCGUCUUUUGGACUCAUUCGAGGAUUCUGACUGCUGAAAUCUAAAUAUAGAGGAGUGGGCAUGACAAAGAAAACAUGGAUUAUUUCCUGUCCUUAAAGGGAAGCGUGUGUGUGUUACAGCAACACCUCUAAAACAAACAAACAAUAGAUGAGUCCUGAACCUCCAACAGCAAGCCAGCUGUGUCGACACAAAGACACGUCCACCCUGAAGGUCGAUUUGUACUUUUUGUGUUCCGUUGUUGAAUUGUGAACGUUUUUUUCUCGUCAGUGUCUCGUUCAAAAAGGAAGAUUUUUGAAGCUGUUGGUGUGUCUGUUUUGUGUUGUGCGCCUGCUUGUGUGUGUCUGUCACGUCGUUUCAACGAAAGAGUUUCACUUUUUCUUGUGAAAUAUUUGCUUUCUUGAUCAGAGUAAAGCGACUUCCUGCGUGUUUUGUUUAAAGCUACAACCAGGGGACGAUUAGCCUAGCUUAGCAUAAAGACUGGAAACGAGGGGGGAAAGCUACUAGCCUGAUUCCAUCUGUAAAAAGUCCAACUUCAAGAUCCUCAUACGACUCACCAUCCAGCAUUUUACAUGAAUUGUUAAAUCUGUACAAAAAAAAACAAAAAAAGGGGUUGGGCUAAAACAAUACGUUUUCAUUUUAAGGGUUAAUAUGCACAACACAUUUUUUUUAAAGCGCCUGGGUGGAACUUUUGGUCCGGGUUAAUUUUGCGCCCCCUGUGGACGCAGCGGUACCUUUUAUCUCUUUGCUGACUUUGUCCUGUACAUGUGGAAGUAAUAUUUUUUAAUAAAGAUGAUCGUCUUGUUUCUUUUAAACUUCAAAUGUAAAAUGUUUAAAAAGGCUUUUUUUUUACAGAAUCAUGUAACUAAUUGUGUCUGACACCCAAUUCAGACAGAUCACUCUUUCCUUCAGCUUUUGGUUUUAAAAUAUGGCUAAUGAUCCCGAGUGUAUUUUAUUAUCUAAAGUCAUUUUCAAUAAUAUUAAUCAUUAAAAAUGUGGAGAUUGCAUCGUUUCAAACCCUGGUGUAUUGGAAAAUUUGUCAACCACAAUCGAAAUGCAGAUUUCUUCACCUUUAGGGGGAAACAGGCGGACUGCUGUCCUCUACCCAGUCUUUAUGCUAAGCUAAGCUAACUGGCUCUAGCUUUUUAUUUACCGUACAGACAUGAGACGAGUAUCAAACCUCUCUGUGAACUCUUACCAAGAAAGCUUGAAAACAUUUUGCCCCAAAAAUGUGGAACAAAAAAAAAAGGUUUUUAAGCUGCCUGCUGUCGUGUCAAUUCGAUGCUUUGGGAUUUCUCGUUUUGAAAAAUCUGUUUUAUGUUUUUUUUGCUGUUUGAUAAAAACAAAAACUUGAGUUGAUGUGCUUUACUCAGUUCCAAAGACUGCAGCGUUAGCGUGAAGCAGCUAGCAUGUAAAAAAACUGUGAGGAAAGCUCUAAAAUCUCCAUCUUUAUUGAAUUGCCUUCUCAGAGAGGUGAACAGAACAAAUUCAUAUUCUCGUGCUGCGUUCAUGCCCUGUGGGAAUGUGGAAACGAAACAGUCGGAGGGAUGCUUUAAAGUGCUGACUCGAUCGGAAGCCACCUGUAGAAACCUGUUCAUCGUUAUCAUCGCUGCUUCAUUUGAUUUCAUCACAAUAAUUCCUUUCUGCGUCUUCACAGCUGACUCUCAAACAGCUCAGAAGUGACUCAUUUUAAAGAUUGAACUAGCACAUAAAGUCCUGCCCUGCGGUGGUAGAAUUAAAUGUUAUGAAAGUUGAAGUAAGCGUGUCUAUUCUUGUACAAAACCUCCUAAAAGUCAGUAAGCUAAAAGUAUCAGGUGCAUUUCCAACAGCUUAAAAACUGCUCAUAAAAUCCGUACUAUCGAUACUUCAGCGCCUCUUUCUCCCAUGGGACCUGAAUGCAGCACAACAGAAUAGACAGAGGAAGCUGAACAAUGUAGCUCCAUGCUCCCUAACUCACCCCGUAUCACUGUGAUGAUGAGGGGACUGUUGCCUUUUUAAAUGCAGCUUAUUUCAUGUACUGUGUGACUUCUGUUUGUGUCCCUUCAGAAGCCAAAUAUGGAGGUUUUUUUUUUUAAAGGCAUAUGAGCCUUUCUAAGAAAACGCUGAAAUUAUUAUUUUCUAUCUUUUUUUUCGUUUCUUUAAGAUUCAUGUUUGACGUUCUUCUCCCAAUUAGCUAAAAAACAAAAACUCUUUUUGGAGAGACAUGAACCCUCUCUCCUACGCUGUAUCCUCAGUCCAUGUUGUAUAUUUUCACGUCUCUGUCUCUUCUAUGUGCAUUAUGAGUUGCUGGUUAUGGGUUUCCAUGACUUUUUUUUUUUUUUUUUUUUUUUUUCAAAUGAGAGAAUAAAUCUUUGUUUUUCUAA